CUCCCACCCUUCCUACCAAGGUACGUUGUCCUCCCCUCUGACCAACCCAUUCCAUGACCACCUUGUCGCACUCUUCCUUCGAUGCUUCUAUCGUGAUCGCCAUUCAAUUCUGACUCGUUCCCGCAGAUAUGAUCAAGGAUGCUAUCAUCAAACUCAAGGAGCGAAAUGGUUCAAGCCGCCAGGCCAUCCAGAAGUACAUCAAGGCCAACAACGACCUUGGUGAAAUCUCCGACAACAUGUUCAAGAGCCAUGUCAACCGCGCCAUCUCCAACGGCGAGAAGAGCGGUGACUUCCUCCGCCCCAAGGGUGCAUCUGGAACCGUGAAGCUUGCUAAGAAGGAGAGCGCAAAGCCUGCUGCUAAGAAGACUGAGGCCAAGUCUGAGAAGAAGACCACCACCAAGGCAAAGAAGCCUGCUGCCACCGCUGCUGCCCCCAAGAAGGAGAAGUCUGCCACUGCCGCUGCUAAGCCUGCUGCUGCUAAGAAGGCGACUGCCGCCAAACCCAAGGCCAAUGCCAGCAAGCCCAGGAAAGCCGAUGAUGCCUCUAAGGAUGAGUCCAAGGCGUUGACCAAGACCAAGACCGGACGUGUCACCAAGGAGAAGGCACCUGCGAAGGCAGGUGCUAAGAAGGCCGCUGCCACGAAGAAGGCAGCGCCCGCGAAGAAGGCUGCCGCCGCGACGAAGAAGUCCACACCCAAGAAGGUCGAGGCAUGAAAGUGCUCUGCCUGAGCAUUCCUCUUCUUUCCGUUCGUGUUGAUCUCUUCUGACUGGCGAACGCGUUGUAGGGAGAACGCCAC